CCCAAGUUCCCUAGAAUUUUUCUGUGGUUCAUUGGUUUUGUCUACCAAGGUCCAAGACCACCAUGGGAAGCUUGUGGGCCAUUUUGUUGUUUUUAUGGUCGGCCUCUGCUUUUGCGCCAGCCGCAAUGGCAGCAACGUUCACGUUCAUCAACAAAUGCCGGGAGCCGAUCUACCCGGGCGUGCAGACGAACCCAGGCAAGCCGGGCUUCCCGACCACCGGCUUCCAGCUCAAGCCCGGCGGCAGAGCCCAAUACAGGGGCGUCCCGGGCACCUGGGCCGGCCGCAUCUGGCCCCGCCACCGCUGCUCCACGGGUGCCUCGCCGGCGGGCGCCCUGUCGUGCGCGUCCGGCGACUGCGGCGGGAGGCUCGAGUGCAACGGCGCCGGCGGCCAGGUGCCCAGCACGCUGGCCGAGUUCACGCUCGGCGGCGGCGCCGGCGGCGGCAAGGACUUCUUCGACAUCAGCAACGUCGACGGCUUCAACGUGCCUCUCCAGAUCGUGCCGCACGGCGCUGGUUGCCGCGCGCGGGCGGUGACCUGCGCCGCCGACAUCAACGCGGCGUGCCCGCGGGAGCUGGCGGUGACGGCGGCGGGCGGCGGCGGCCGCACGGUGGGGUGCAAGAGCGCGUGCGCCGCGUUCAACGCCGACGAGUACUGCUGCAGAGGGCGGUACGGGAGCCCCGGCGAGUGCAAGCCCAGCCGCUACUCGCUCUACUUCAAGCGCAAGUGCCCGCAGGCCUACAGCUACGCGUUCGACGACGGGAGCAGCACCUUCACCUGCGCCGCCGGCGCCGACUACGACGUCGUCUUCUGCCCUUAAAUUGAAUUGACGACCCAAUGCUAUAUGGCGACCAUGGCGUGUCGUCUCAGAUAAAAACUGAAGCAGGCUGCUGGAGCUGCACUUGUCAAAAUAAAUAAAACUUGCUUCGGCAAUCAUGUAGCCAUUUCGUUUCAGAAUUCAGAAUAACAUGAGCCUGUUCAGUUUCAGUGCUACGGAUUUA